GCUCUGUUCAUCAGCCAUUCGCCAUGCAUUCGCUACCGCUUCACAUGUACAAGCUUACCAGCUCUAUGGCACCUAUCUCAAACUGAUCGUCUCUACCCUGCAGCAGCGAUACGUCCUCUGUCGCAGUUUCGCUCCUUGUUCGUUGCAUUCUUCUCUUGCUCGCGACUCCCUAAAGAUGGACGUUCCCCAGGCGUCUUCUUCUCCCCAACCAACACCAUGGACCAAUUACGUCCGUCAGGAAAACAAUAUCUGGGCUUUCAUGCGCACAGUCGCAGUCCAUUACAUCCUCCAUGUGCUCGUUUUGAUCACGGCGCUCGUCGCCACGACUUACUUGUCAGCCUAGUAAGUGGUUCAGCAACGACAAGGAACCCUGCUAACCACAACCUUCCUUCGUCUGACUUGACGGAGGCCGUCCUCGACUUGGAUAAGUCAGUCCAGAACAUGACCGCCAUCAUUGCUCGUCGAGCUUGACGUCAACUUCCGAUCUUGCUGUGCCUGCAAGAUUGUCCAUUCAGUGACUGGCUCGUCAGUGAGCGUGCUUUGUCUACACUGUGCUGCGUGUACACAGAAGUCCUCCUGGGAAAGACGCGGGGGAUACGAAGGCAGAGGAGCAGGUUAGGCACACUAAGAUCGGAAGGCGCGAUCAAGCUCGAC